GGCGAGGGUGCGUGUGUGUGGGGAGGGCGCGGGGGAGACGCUGGGCGCGUCCCCGGGGGUCACGUGGUGCGCAGCACGCAGAGUCCUUCUGUCGGUUGGUCCUGGAGCGGCGCCGCCGGAGCGGGGCUGUGAGGAGAAUAAAGACAGCCCCGUUGAUGACUGAAAAUGACAAAGCAUCCACCUAACAGACGAGGAAUCAGCUUUGAAGUGGGAGCCCAGUUGGAAGCCCGGGACCGAUUAAAAAACUGGUAUCCAGCUCACAUAGAAGACAUUGACUACGAAGAAGGAAAAGUACUUAUCCAUUUCAAGCGUUGGAACCAUCGUUAUGACGAGUGGUUCUGUUGGGAUAGUCCUUAUUUACGUCCAUUAGAGAAAAUACAACUUCGGAAAGAGGGCUUACAUGAAGAUGAAGGAUCUUCUGAAUUUCAGAUAAAUGAGCAGGUCCUUGCUUGCUGGUCUGAUUGUCGUUUUUACCCAGCCAAAGUCACUGCUGUGAACAAGGAUGGUACUUACACUGUGAAAUUUUAUGAUGGAGUAGUUCAGACUGUCAAACAUAUUCAUGUCAAACCUUUUUCCAAAGAUCAGAAUAUUGUGGGUACUGCUAGGCCUAAAGAAACAGAUCCCAAAAAUCUUUCAUCAUCUCCUGAUAAACGAGAGAAGUUUAAAGAGCAGAGAAAAGCCACGGUCAAUGUGAAGAAGGACAAAGAGGACAAAGCUUUUAAAACAGAAAAGAGAACCAAGCAGCCUGAGAAAGAAGGAAAGUUAAUCUGUUCUGAAAAGGGGAAGGUUUCGGAGAAAAGCCUUCCCAAGAACGAGAAAGAAGAUAAGGAGAACAUUUCAGAAAAUGACAGAGAAUAUUCUGGAGAUGCUCAAGUGGAUAAAAAACCGGAAAAUGACAUUGUGAAGAGUCCACAAGAAAACUUGAGGGAGCCAAAAAGAAAACGAGGCAGACCCCCCUCCAUAGCUCCUACUGCUGUGGAUUCAAACUCUCAAACUUUGCAACCAAUAACAUUGGAAUUGAGAAGAAGGAAAAUAUCAAAAGGAAGUGAAGUCCCAUUAAAACGUCCUCGACUUGACAAAAAUUCAUCCCAGGAAAAGUCAAAAACCUUCCCCGAAAACACUGACAAAGAUUUGUCGAGAAGACGGUCCUCCAGGCGGUCCACUAAUGGGACCACUGAGCUCUCGGAACCUGACUUAGUUGUAUCAGAUCUGUCUGGUACUGCUCAUACUUUGCAGAACACAUCGUCCAGUACCAAGGAAUCUGAAGGAGGUCAUUUGAAAUCUUUGGAAGCUGGCCAGGUCUCACCUGCAUUAACGUGCCACUCCGUGGGGGAUGGACUGAGGUCUGCAGGCUUGGAAUUGAACUGCAAAUCAAUGGGAGAAAACACUAUGAAAACAGAACUGGCUUCUCCCCUUGCUGAAUUACAAGAGGUUUCUACCGUGGCAGUAACAAACACUCUUAAGAAAACAGAGGAUUUUGUGACAUCAAAAACAUCAACUGUCGACCUAGACCACAAAUUUAGGUGCAAGGUGGUGGAUUGUUUAAAAUUUUUCCGUAAAGCCAAACUGUUGCAUUAUCACAUGAAAUAUUUCCACGGAAUGGAGAAGUCACCAGAGCCUGAGGAGAACACGGGAAAGAGGCAUGUUCAGACCAGAGGCUCUUCAUCGUCAGCCUCAGACAAGGCCAGCCAGGAGAACCUGACAAGGAAGCGGGUCUCGGCCAGUUCCCCGACUGCAAAGGACAAAGAAAAAAACAAAGAGAAGAAAUUCAAAGAAUUUGUGAGAGUGAAGCCAAAGAAGAAAAAGAAAAAGAAAAAGAAAACCAAACCUGAUUGUCCCUGUAGUGAGGAGAUCAGUGACACCUCCCAGGAACCUUCUCCACCCACGACCUUUGCUGCCACCAGGUGUGCGUCCUCACAUAAGCCUGGAACACAUAUGAGCCCACAGCUCCAUGGCUCCGACUCUGGAAACCACAGAGGAAAGGGGAAGGUGUCGGAGGAGGAUAAUCUGAGCAUGUCCUCUUCUGAAAGCUUUCUCUGGAGUGAUGAGGACUAUGGCCCAGACAUCGAUGUGACCACCAAUCCGGAUGAGGAACUGGAUGCAGACGAGCGCUACGAUUUUGAAGUGGUGCGCUGCAUCUGUGAGAUCCAGGAGGAAAAUGACUUCAUGAUCCAGUGUGAAGAGUGCCAGUGCUGGCAGCAUGGGGUCUGCAUGGGAUUACUGGAAGAAAAUGUGCCUGAGAAAUACACCUGCUAUAUUUGCCAAGACCCUCCAGGUCAGAGACCCGGCUUCAAGUACUGGUAUGACAAGGAGUGGUUGAGCAGGGGCCAUAUGCACGGCCUGGCAUUUUUAGAAGAGAACUACUCCCACCAGAAUGCCAAGAAGAUCGUAGCCACCCACCAGCUUCUCGGCGAUGUACAGAGAGUGAUCGAGGUCCUGCAUGGCCUGCAGCUCAAGAUGAGCAUCUUGCAGAGCAGAGAACAUCCCGAUCUGCAGCUCUGGUGCCAGCCUUGGAAACAGAACUCAGGGGAGGUGUGCUCUCAUGCCAAGCACCUCCACGGCCUGGAAGCCAAGUGCCCGGAGGAGGUGCCGAGCUAUCGGACUUUGAACGGAGGGCUGGCGGAGAAGCCCCUGGGCCUGGCCCUGCCGCGCUCCGUGGAGGAGUCCUACAUCACCAGCGAGCACUGCUACCAGAAGCCGCGCGCCUACUACCCCGCUGUGGAGCAGAAGCUGGUGGUGGAGACUCGGGGUGCAUCCCUGGACCAGGCGGUCAGCCCCCUCCACGAGAACGGGGACGACUCCCUCUCCCCGCGCCUCGGCUGGCCUCUUGACCAGGACCGGACCCGAGGGGACAGUGAAUCCAAACCUGGCUCCCCCAAGGUGAGGGACUACACCUCCAAGAAGGCCCUCCCGGAGGAAGCCCCUGCCCGGAAGCUGCUGGACAGAGGCGGGGAGGGGCUGCGGAGCUCCCAGCACCAGUGGCAGUUCAACCUGCUGACCCACGUGGAGUCACUUCAGGAUGAAGUCACACACAGGAUGGACUCCAUCGAGAAGGAACUGGAUGUGUUGGAGAGCUGGCUGGACUACACCGGAGAGCUGGAACCCCCAGAACCCCUGGCUCGGCUGCCACAGCUCAAGCAUUGCAUCAAGCAACUGCUGACGGACCUGGGCAAGGUGCAGCAGAUUGCACUUUGCUGCUCAACAUGAGAGGCGCUCCCCCUCAGCCCCCCCACCCCCCCGUCCCCAGCUAGUGGGGAGCACAAUCCUGGAGCACCUGCAGGAGGAGCUUCGCAUAUUUAAAUAAAACCUAGCAUGCCGAAUGCACGAGACACCAACUGACUUCAGAGAUCUGGGAAGGGGACGAGUCGGACGUUGGAUAGAGAGACCGCUGGCUGCCGGACAGGAGAGCACUCUGAUCACAAAGCCAACCCCGAAGGCCGCAGAGAGAUUGGUAGGGCCCUCCUCUUCUUCACACACUCCUGAAUGGAGAGUGAAUCUUUUUGCACAGACUUCACUUGAAAUCGUGCCACUGAUGAUGCAUGGAAUGAGAGCCAAAAAAUGUUGUUGGAAGCAGUCAUGAAUUCAGCUUGCAAAUUAUUUCAUGGGCCUGCCUGUCGGAUUGGAGCACACACCAAGUCUUUGGUUUCCACCUGGUGUGGGUUUGGCAGCAGGCACCUGUUCCUCUCGCCAGCCCUCGGGCAGCCUGCGGCUUUAUUCUCCGAGGGCCACGAUGUCUUCUCCAGAGGAUUCCUUCACUUUGCAUGUCAUGGUACUGGGGACAAGGUCUCUAGGUGUUCACCCCAGAAUUGGCUGGGUUUUUGGGUUUGUGUGUUGGUUUUUUUUUUUUUUUUGGGGGGGUAGUUGAGCCCUUGUCACCUGUGGAGGAACGAGAAUUUCACUGUACAAAGCAUCUAGGAGGAAUUCCUAACUGAGGCAGGCAGGGUCUGGUACCCGAGGACACAUUUUCUACCCACCCUGUGACAGCCUCCUGGUUCUAUUUAAUGUCCAAAAAUGGUUUCCCAAAUUUUUGAACUCUUUCACUAUAAAGAUUUGUUACAAGAAUGUGGUUUGGGGAAUUACCUUAUUUUAUAUUGUAAACAAACCAGAUUAUAUGUGUGCUUUCUCCUUCCCUGAAGGCUGUGUAUGUUCAGUAGUUGCAUUUUCAGAAUGGUUUUACUGUCCUUUAACAUCUUAAAUUGUCCUAUUUGUAUUAUUUUGUGAGAACAAGGUAAUUAUGCUGCUUAAUGUCCAGGUAUAACCUCUUUUUACCUUUUGAGACAAUAUUUGCUACUCUUGCAGGUUUUACUGUUCCGUGUGUAAUUGCUAUAUUGUUUUUACCUUACUAGGCAGAGUCCAAGAAAAUGUCCUAUACUUUGAGGCGUGACCUGUUUCAUCAUUUAGUAUUCCUACCAUUAAAGGCAAAAAUCAAAGCACAGUUGUCCAUUAACACUUCCAGUGGGUUUAUAGAUCUGUAAUGUUAUAAGCUGCAAAUAUUUACUAUGUAAACGUCAAGUAGUUAAUAGUCCAAUAGCAAUGACAGAAACUCCAGAAACCUUUGGGAUGAAUGGGAAGGCUUUAAGGCUCAGGUCAUUGUGGUCAAGGCGUCUCUACCAAGAUCUGUUUCAGGGAAUGUUCUGUCUAGUGAUUUGUUCAACAUUUGAUACACUAUGAAUUUAGGACGUUAGCCUGCUGUAGCUUAUCCAAAGGGACUCCAUGUGGCUGUAAUGUGUGACGAAGCUGACACAAUUCCUCUACAAGAGGCUGUUUCCUGUUGCUAACAGUGGUAUUUCUGGUGUCGGAAGAAACCUUAAGGAGUGUAUAUGGCAUCUAUGCAUGGUAUUAAUCAGCAGACAGCCACAUUUAAAGAAUUGUGACACUUGUUUGAAAAGGGGAGAAAACAGGAUGGUUUUCUCUAGCCACAACUAUGAGGUAUGAUAACUGUUGUAAUAUAGAUUAUUAUAGAUUAUCAAUUUCUUCUAUUCUGAAAAUACAUUUGAAUAAUACAUCUUGGGAAGUCAAACUCCUUUUUUUUUUUCUUUUGGCGGUGUUGGAGAUGGAACCCAGGGUCUCACACGUGCAAAGUGCGUGCUCUACCACCGAGCUACAACCCCUGCCUCUGGAAACUGUAACUUUAAGAUUUUCACUUUAUCCUCCACCUCUGGAAGCUAUAACUUUUAAGAUUUUAAUUUUCAUGUCUUUUUCCAAGAUGGAAGCAGAAGUGGAGAAUUACCCUGCUUUGCCAAGUGGCCAUCGUUGGAUUUAUUGUUUAAGUUUCGUAAAGGAAAUAAUCCCAUUUCACUCAUUGGGACUUUUGUCCUUAAGGGUACAGGGAAGACUUCAAGUUCUGAUAACCGCAGUGUGCUUCCCUAAUUUAAAGCCAUGUUGAGGGGCUCCAUCCUCAAUUCCUAGGUCAAGUUGAAUUAAUCCCAAGUUGGAGCACUGGAAAACUGUUGUUUGAAUAUUACUGUUACCCUUUAGAAAUAUGUACACUACCUAAGUUUUCUUUUGAGAAAAACUAUCCCUCUAUAAAACAUUGCCUUGACAAAAAGUUUUGGUUUGAGUCAUCAUUGGAAGUGAUGGUGGGCCUUUGCUGAGCCAGCACUGUGGAUAUGUAUCUGUUUACUCAUUAUUAGGACAGGACAGAGGCGCUACAGAGAGAAAUGUUGCUUUGGAGCAAUAUUUGCUAAAAUGCAAACUUCUGUAUUUGGAAAAAAUAAAACAGGGUUUUUUUUUUUUUGUUUUUUUUUGCUUUUUGGGUCACACCCGGCGAUGCACAGGGGUUACUCCUGGCUCUGCACUCAGGAAUUACUCCUGGCGAUGCUCAGGGGACCAUAUGGGAUGCUGGGAUUCGAACCUGGGUCGGCCGCGUGCAAGGCAAACGCCCUACCCGCUGUGCUAUCGCUCCAGCCCCUAAAACAGGGUUUUUAUUGCUAUGUUUUUGAGCAUGCAUUACUUAAUUUUCCAUAAACAUUGUCUUUUAACGAAGGCCUUACUGCUUUUAGGAGCCAAAGGUUCUCAGAUUUACUUAACUUCUUGGCCUCUUUUCAGGAAAAAGUAAAAAGCCUCAUUUGCACUUAAGGUUUCACGAGACUCUACAACCAACAUCCCCGCUUAGCCCAUGCUGUGCCUCCUGAGGGAUUGAGGGGAGGAGGGGGCCAUAUGCUCACUUUGGUAAACACUGGUCCUGGUCUUCAUAAAUAUUUAUCUCCUGCAGAGAGGCAGAUGCAACUCAAGAUUCUAAAUCCUGGGAACUGGAGCAAUAGCACAGCAGGUAGGGCAUUUGCCUUGCACGUGGCCGACUCAGGUUCGAUUCCCAGCAUCCCAUAUGGUCCCCCGAGCACCGCCAGGCGUAAUUCCUGAGUGCAUGAGCCAGGAGUAACCCCAGUGCAUUGCUGGGUGUGACCCAAAAAGAAAAAAAAAAGAUUCUAAAUCCAGGUUGAUGUGGCUUUCAGGCCCAGAUUGGUUCUCUGAGCUCCACUGGAGUAGUUUCUCCCCUCCCUCCCAGCAAUGAGCCUCAUGUGGACUCCCAAAAGCUACCAAAUUCUUUUCUUUUUUUUCCUUUUUGGAUCACAUCCAGCGAUGCUCAGGGGUUCCUUCUGGCUCUUCACUCAGAAAUUAUUCCUGGCCAUGCUCGGGGGACCAUACAGGGUACUGGGUAUCAAACCCGGGUCAGUCACAUGCAAGGCAAAUGUCUACCUGCUGUACUAUCUCUCUGGCUCCACUUUUUUAUUUUUGGAAUGGGGCCACACUUGGCAGUGCUCAUGGGUCUUGGUGGGCUCUGGGGACCAUAUGUGGUGCCAGGGAUUGAGCCCAGGUCAGCCGUGUUGUGACAAGCACCCUACGCACUGUACUCUCCCUCCAGCCCCUAAAAAGAUAAUGAAUUCUAAGGAAGUGUGCAAUACUUUGAAUUCAUUUUAUUGUCUUUAAGCUGACAUAAUUUUAGUUUUACUUUAAUAAAGCAAAAUGCCUCAUACCAGCCUCUAA